GCUCUGUUGGCCAUUUUCGGGCUCUUUUAGCCGAGUUAGCUGGUUCUGUUGAUGGAUUUUGCUGAAUCUUGAAGACUCCGCUUUUGGGUGGGUGUUCGUUCAUACCACCGACGACGCUUCGGGACUUCCCUUCAUGUCGCCUAUGGAGGGACACUAUGGAGGGACAUUCUCUACACCUAAUGACAGUUUCAUCACUACUACGGGCGAGCCGAAUACCGACUGAAGAAGCAGAAGACGACUGAGUGAAGGUGUUGUAAUCAAAUGUACAGGAUAGUACGAUAGUCAAUGACGUACAACUCUUGCAUGCAAAGGGUUGCUAGCCGCGGCAGCAGUGAGCAGGAUGCACUCAGUGUAGCAUAGAUAACCACAUAAUCUUGAUGUAACGCAUUCUUUUGGAAAUUCAAUGUACUUCAUCAUGCACCAUUAGCAUCUAUAUUCAAGAAUGAAAGCUACUUCAUCCAUCGAAUCGCUUGUGCAUGUACUUGUAUCAUUCAACGUCUUCAUCAUUAUCGCGUCACCAUCACCAAGUCCCCAUACCCGUUUUAUAAGGUACUAUCGUGUUCAUGAGACGAAUAAAAAGCAUGGUCGCGGCAGCACCGUAGUGCCAAUCUUGUUUUAGUCUUUUUCCGUAU